AACAGAUUUCUUUUUAAGCUGAUUUUUGAUAGAUAUCCGUUUAUUUUGUGCAUGUAAACGCACUCACUGCCUGUUCAUAUAAAUGAUUUUCACGGCUUUUUUAGAUGUGAAUCAAUUUGUUCUUCAGUUGAACAGACAAGUUUCCAAACCAGGCUGUUUCAUGCGGAAAACAUAAUUUAUAUUUUUCCAGAUAUUUAUUUAUUUAGCUUCUGUUUUAUUCGAAACUGAAAAGUGCACAUUAAAAUUUGUUUUUUUAUAGCUUUAUCUUCUCACGUCUGCCAAUUCCUCUUUUUCAAAGGAUUCUUUUAAUAAACAGCGAAUGUGUCACAUCUUCAUGGUAAAAAUGUACUCUAUAUUCACCUGUAGUGUCUUGCCUUAAUGACUUAAAUGUGAAAACCGGAGACUAUGUUAUACUGCUGAAACAGCCUAAUGGUGCUUAUAAAACACAACCUGAGCGAAUUCUUGGUGAUGUUUGUCACACGUCCUGGUGAGGUGCAUACUCAAGACAAACCAGAGGCUCUUUGUGGGAGUGAUGUGUGACCCUUUUUCAGUAAUUUUCCACUUGAUGUCUGCCUGUUAAGCCAACUAUGUAUCCCAGGUAAAGGAAUUUUGAUGACAUUGUGAAGAUGGUCUGUGCGUCAAAAGAACGAUGCAACCAAUUAAACAAAGAGCCAUGUAGUCAUUGACAAAGGGCAAAUAAGAGUAUAUAUAGAGAAAGCAGAGAGCGGAUGAGUGAGAGAUUCACACAAGUCUUCAAGAUGAAAUUCCAGGUUUUCCAUCUUUCCUCUCUUAAAACCACAGUCGUCGUCUUGUUGAUGUUACUCGUGCAGCCUCCCGAAGGACUGAUGCUUCCACACCAUCCCAUGGUUUAUCUCCCUAUGCUGGACAACCCCGAGUGGGAAGCUGAGAUGCUUCAGCUCCAGGCGUCACUGGGCGCUCCAGCAGCGGAGCUCCAACCCUGGGAUCUGGUUCAGGAGCCUGAGGAGCUUUUGGGAAGGAUGAGACCAGAACUGGCCUGGGGACAGAUGGGGAAGAGCCAGAAGCGAGAGGAGCUGGGACGGAGACCCAUGGGCAUGUUCCCAGACAACCAUAUAGAGGCCGUGCCUUAUCCCGAGGGGGGAGAGGUUGAAGAAGAGGGCGGAGAAAAACGGAACGAGGCCCUCACGUCCAUCGCGGGAGGUUUGCAGGCUUUUAACAGACAGAAAGGAGGUUUUGGCUUCCGAUUCGGCAGAAAAUGAUGAGAAAGUUGCGCGUAGGUUGGGGACAAAUUUUGUCUGCAGGUUAGCUCUAUAUAACCUCUCUUUAUGGACAGUUCGUUAAUAAAUGAUUGAAGGUUUUUCGUUGUUUAUUGUAAAUAUGGAAAGGUUUUGUUUAAUAAGAUUGUAAUGGGUUAAUGUUCAUUCAUACACAUCAAAAUAAAUGUGCUAUUGAAGAACCAUGGCAUAUCUGUGAAAACCCUUUUGUAGCACCUUUAUUUUAAAAGAGUGUGAUUAUGAAUUUUUAUAAUAACAGUAUGUUUGUGGUACGUCCUUAAGAUAAGAUAAGGUCUGUGUGUUUGUUGAGAUUGUGAGGAACUACACAACAACUGCAACAUAAUUUUAAUCGAAAUGGAAAUGCAAGAACCUGUUUGAUGGGAAAAAAUGAUA